ACAUCCGGUCGAAGACUCGUCUGUUUCCUGUGUGAACUUCCAGAGACUGCACCGAGUGUGUAUAUAAAUAUAAAUAUAUAUAUAUAUUGAUAUAGAUGUGUGUGUACCGGGGGUAGCUCGGAGGGGCCACAGCCAGCAUGGUGAGGUGUGUGGUGUCCGGGUGUCCGAGCCGCUCGGCCAGCGUGACGCCGGGAGUCUCCGACCGACCACCGAAGAGGUUCUUCAGCUUUCCCACGGACCAGGCGCGGGUCAAGGUCUGGCUGGCUGCGCUGAGAGAGACGGACAAGCAGGACUGGACCGGGCAGCAUGUGAUCUGCGAGGACCACUUCCUGCCGGAGGACAUCUCCAGCAACAAGGUGGACAGCGAGGCCAUUCCCAUCAUGCCCCCUUACCUGGACGGAGGCCUGGGCCUGGUCAGCCCCUGGGGGGCCCAGUCCUCUGAGGAGGAGGAGCAGUGGACCACCGGAGGCCGUGAGGACGAGGACGAAGGUGGAGAAGCUCGUCCUGCUCCUGGUCCUCCACAGCAGGGACCUGCAGCCGGUUUGGAGAAUCCUCCGGAACCUGAGACAACCAGCGCUGCCCAGCCACAGAGGAAGAGGUCGAGUGGAGUUUCCAGACACGACACGUCUCUGGUUCUGCUGACUCAGGGUUUCCUGGAGCUGCUGCUGGCGGCGCCGGGCGGCUCUCUGGACAUCCGGCAGGUCGCCAUCAGCCUGAAGAUCCGCAAGCGACGCGUGUACGAUAUCACCAACAUCCUGAACGGCAUCAAACUCAUUCAGAAGGAGUCGGCCAACAGGAUCAAGUGGAUAGGAGAGAUUCCCAUCUCUAGCUUCCUGAGCAAGAACCAGCAGCGGUUCCAGAAGGAGCUGGAGAACCUGCAGCGGGUGGAGGACACGUUGGACGGCCUCAUCAAAAGCUGCGCUCAGCAGCUCUUCGACAUGACGGACGACCUGGAGAACUCUGCGUCAGCGUACGUGACCCUGGAGGACCUGGGCCGCCUCCGGGUUCUGCAGGACCAGACGCUGGUCGUCAUCAAGGCUCCGGAGGAGACCAAGCUGGAGAUCCCUGCGCCCAAAGAGGACAACAUCCAGGUCCACCUGAAGGCCGGGAAGGGUCCCAUCACUGUGGUGACCCGUGAGAUGGACUCAGUGGACGCCUUGACCUCUGACCCCGGGCGGACGGGAAGCGGCUUCUUUCUGACGCUGGAGGAGAGUCGGGUCAGGACGAGCGCUCUGUACAGAGGUGACAAAUCACUGAGUCGUCGUUUAGAGAAUAUUCACAUGAUCACUAAAGAGGGCGGAGCCAGUUUGAUUAGAUUAAACUUUAUUGUCCUUGUACCGAGACACAAAAGGCAGUUUAGCAUCUAACCACAAGUGCAAGAAAUGGUAUGUGUAUAUGUAAAGUGGAAUAUGUAAAUAAAUAAUAAAUGUACAGUUAGAAAUCGAUAUGGAAUAUGAACAUUUUCAUACAAGACUAGCAGCAAUAGAAGUAGGUAGAUAUGAUAAGUAUAUAUAAAGUGCAUGUAUAAGUAUAAGUAGUGGUAGUAAGUGAAAUGAAGUGAAUGAGGUCGUUGAUGUUGAAACGUGUUUUUAUGAGAGUCAGUGUCUUAGUUCUUUCUAAAGGACACAGAUAUUAAAACACUCAAAUAAACUGGGAACAGAUGAACAUGAGCCGACUGACCUGAGGUCAGUUGUCGGGGUAAAGACGAUGAUACUGUGUGUGUGUGUGUUUUUAUAUGACCUGGUAACUGUUAAACUUUCUGCUGUUCUGAGACCGUUGACGUGUCUGAAUGGGAUCAUACACCACCGCAUUUAAAUAGUUAUUCUUGUGUGAUGCACAUUGAUACUGACCUGUAUUUUAUUUUCAUUCUUAAUUUCAUUCUGUUGUUGUAGUGUCUUGAGCCCCGUGCAGAGCGAGCAGCCAGCCACCAGGAGGCGCCAGCUGUCCUCAGGGUUCAUGACCCUGAGGAGAUCCUGAUCCCAUGGUACCAACAGGAUUCAGAACCACAGGAGUGAAGAGUCCUCUGGUUUCAAACCGCAGAUGAUUACUGUAUCGUACUCUCUUACUGUAUCAUAGUUUAUUACUGUAUAAUAUUGUACAUGAUUGUGUUAUUUGGGACUGCUGUUAGUAAUAAAAACCUGUUUGAGACUGUGAA